CACGAGAGUAGCAGAGCCACGGCGGAGCUAACUACUGGGCUAAGACAAGUUCAUGAGGCUAUUAUGCUACAGUAGCUUGAAAAGACACAGCUGAACCUCCUCUUGAAGAACAAGUCCCAAGAACAGACCCAGCUGAACCUGCUCUUGAAGAACACGUUGCAGGAAUAUGUACAACUGAUGACAUGACUUACACUGAAGAAAUCCAAAUGAGUUUCCCACACAAAAAUUCUGAUGAGGACUCAGAAACACUCACAGUCACAGAAGUUGAAGAUAUAACAGGCAUAGAAGAUGAAGAUAUAACGGGCACAGAAGGGACAUUAAACAUCUUGAUAAAAAGACUGCAAUCCAAUUGGCAAGCUAUUUUAAUUGGGAUUUUGAUAGUGCUUGUGUCUGGUGUGACCAGUGCCCUCUUCAGUCAGAUAAAUAAACAGCAAUUUCUGAAUGCAAAAUUACAACAUAUGCCAGAGGAGACAGCAUGGAAUGAGAAAAAGUUUAAAAUGGAAAACAUUCAGCUGAAACAGCUUCUGAAUUCCACCUAUCAGAACCUCACCCUUCUGGGUACUGAGAACAACCAACUGAAGCUGCACUUAACUGCAACACUGGAUACCUUCACCUUGUUGUCUGCUGAAAAUACACAGCUAAACCUGUUCUUGAACAACAUCACCCAAGAAAAUACACAGCUGAACCUGCACUUGGAGAACCCGAUUCAAGAAAAGAGACAAUUGGAUGUGGAGAACCAAAAGCUUAACAUGUUUCUGAAUUCAACUCCUGAAAACUUUAACCUCAUAGAGGAAGAGAACAAACAACUUAACCUCCAUCUGAACGAAUCACUGAAGAUCAUCACCCACCAAGGCGCAGAAAGCAAACAGUUGCACCGGCUGUUAUUAAAUGAACAGCUAAACUCCAUGCAGCUGAAAGCAGCUAAUGAACACCAGCUUUCAAUCCUGUUCUCGGACGAAAUGGGCUUCAUUUGGAGAUUCUGCAACAGAGACACCCUGCAGUGUUCACGCUGCCUGCCUGGCUGGACUGAGCACGCUUCACGCUGCUUCAUCCUGUUCCACGAAACAAAGAAGUGGGAAAAGGCUCACAUAGAGUGUCUUGACUAUGGGGGUGACCUGGCUAUGGUUUGGAAUAAAGAAGACCAGGCAUUCUUGACAAACAUGACUUUUCAGUAUGUACAGCAGAAUCCUAGCGAGAAUUUUCAUUCAGCAUGGAUUGGAUUGCAAGAUAUGGUCAAGGAGGGCACCUUCUUCUGGGUCAAUGGCGACACAUUCAAGUGGAAUUUCAUUUAUUGGAUGGAUCAGGAGCCAAAUAACGUUAUGGCCGCCUGGGACACAAGCCAGGCAGGACAGGACUGUGUUGCCAUUGUUCCACCAACACGCAUUGGAGCGGAGGACUAGUUGAACUCCUGGGAUGACAUUAUUUGUAAUGGCAGACGGCACUACAUUUUUUUGGGGGGACCACAGCUCUCAUUUUGGGCUGACUGAUGUAACCCCUGUUACACUGACAAGCCUGGGACGAUGUUUACCUGUUUAAUUUGAAGAUUUGUAUUUGAACGUUAUGAAAUAUAGAGAAUAAAUGGCUCCAACAAUACAAAAUAUAUACACUGUUGUGUUAUAGAUAUAAUUUAUCAACUCAAGAUUUAAGGGUGGGGGUGAACAGCCAUCAUAAUUGUAUCCCUUUAGGCAGGAAUAUAAUAAACAUUUGUCAUAAACAUACAAAAAAGAAAAGAAAAAACAAUGAGUAUUCUGUACAUAACCUUUGUAUCACUUUUUAUACCACAUACCACCUGAGAAAAUAUUCUCUCCAGCUGCCACUAGUUUCACAUACAUUAAAAUCCAGCAGAUUUAUUCCUAAAGAUAUUAUUUAUUGUUGAUUGUUUUUGAAUCAGGGGCAGAACCAGUUCAAGAAUUCAGAGCUAAUUUGGUUUUAAAGGUGUUCUCCUGAUCUGCACUUCACUUCCUGAAAUGUCCUGUUUGGAGAUUGCAGAGUUUUUGAACCCUUCAUUUAACCUUUGCUUACUAUCUCACAGGGGCGUCACAGCACUUUAAAAAGUGGGGGUAUUCUAGGGGUGGCACAUGA